AUGACGGAAAUCCCUACAAACGGAGUCGUCGACGCGAAAGAAAAGAAAAAUGUAAUCGUGAACUAUAUCCCACCUCAUAUAACGGAAGCUUAUUUGCAGAACAUGUUCAUUACUUGUGGAAAGAUUAUAGGUUGUAAACUCAUGAGGGACAAGACUAACGGAGUUAGCCUUGGCUAUGCUUUUGUGAACUACAACACUGAGGCUGAAGCGGCGAGAGCCAUAGAAAUGUUUGACGGACAUCAACUUGACAACAAGAAAAUAAGAGUAAGUUAUGCCCGGCCAUCUUCAGAGGAGAUUAAAAAUGCGAACUUGUACAUCAGUGGAUUACCUAAAGCUAUCGGUGAGGGCGACCUAAAAACGUGGUUUGCUGUUUAUGGAACAAUCAUUUCUUCGAAAAUUUUGUUGUUAGAAAGCGGUGAAAGUCGUGGUGUAGGAUUUAUUCGCUAUGACAAAAGGGCAGAAGCCCAGGCAGCCAUUGAUGCACUGAAUGGUGUCACCGUGGCACCUGGCUCUACCCUUGCUGUGAAGUUUGCAAACCCUCCCAAAGGUAUUUCUUCAGCCCAGUUACAGUCUGUCUCAAUGUUACCUGCGAACGAAGUUUUAAGACCAGAACUGAAUCUCGGAGGAGUCGGUCCCAUUCAUCAUGGGACGACAAACAAUCGGUUCUCUCCACUAGGAGCCGUUCGUAAUGCUUCAAACUAUUUCACAAAUCAAACGAACAAUCAAAAUCAUCAGAGUCCUGCACAUCAAAAUGCUAAAAACAAUUGUCACUGCAUAUUCGUAUAUGGUUUGCCAACUUCAGAGGAGGACAUCGCCAAUGAAUUGUUGCUCUACAAACUUUUUUCCCCACACGGAGCCAUUUUUUCGGUGUCUGUCAAGAAGGGCACCGGAUAUGCCUUUGUCAAUAUGAUAAGGUACGAUGAGGCCUUACGAGCGGUUACGAACUUAAAUGGAUACUUCGUUCAACAACAUAAUACACAUCUUCAAGUGUCUUUUAAAAAAUGCAAACCUUGAACUGUUUUACACCAUGAGCAGUUAAUGUGAACGUGAAUACGAGCAGAGCAUGUAUUUGUGUUAUUGUUGUAGAUAUUUGUAUCCAGAGUUAAAAUAUGGAGAGCUAGCUCGGUGAUUUGGUGCCUUGAAAGUACAGUCCUCACCAGUGCAUAAGCACUAUCAUGGCCUUUUUUUUACAAGCGCACAAGCACCUCAUAUGUGCUUCAAUUGCCAGUUGGGACUGGGCUUUAGCAGUGAAAAUCAGCCCACACUAAAACCAAGAGGGCCAUUUUCACAAUUUUUUAUGAUCAGCCCUGUCAUGCUAGCUGGCAGUUGAUAGGCCUCUUAAAACUUAUUUUUUUAUUGAUGAAAUAUGGCAGCAUAUAUUAAACUUUUAGGGCCAGUAAUUUAAACAAAGUUUAGCCAUUGUUUUACAAAACUACAUUUUAAACUAUCAUGUAUAAAGCUGAAUCUUUUGUCUGCACAUUCAUUUUUGUGAACAGUGUUAAGAGGGCCCAAAGUUAUAAGUGGAAGAAAACAACCUUCUCAUAGAGAAUAUGCAAGGCCCCCAACUUGUGUAAAACAGUGGUUUGGAUUAUACCUCACGUAAAUAACUGGCCCUUAAGGUUCUAACUUGGAGUUUAUUUGAGAGUUUGUUUAUUCAGAAAUCAUAUUUUAAGACAACAAUUAUCAUCUACCAUUUGUAAAUACAGAUAACCUCUAACUACUUUUAUUAACAAUCUCACCAGUCAGCUCUAUAUGAGAGCCUUCUUCCCCCUCCCCCCCCAGUGUAAUUGGUAGUUACAAAUCUAAUGUCCCACUCAAAAUGAACAUUCAACGACAUGAAACCCAGUUGACCAAUGAAUUAUCCAUUAUUAAAAAAAGUUACAAAUGUUAAAAAAUUCAAAUUCCUGUAUUUUUUAGCACGUUGAGGAUAUUCUCCGUUAUGAUUGAUGAAUUUCAUGAAGCACAAUCUUCUUGAUGAGCUAGUGUCAAUCAGACUUUAAGGUCACAAGAACAAAGGAAAUGAUCACGAACUAUUUAGAAGCUCUUGAUUGCAAAACAAAUUCUCCUUGUCAGUGGCACCUCAGGAAAUGCAUAGGGAACAGUAUGGAGAAGACAAAUGUUUGGGUGUAAAGUGAACUAUUUUUUUGUUCAAUAUAGUUUUAGUAUGUUCCUCCGAUAAGUAAUUUUGUUGCAGGAGUGGCAUUGUUGAAUUGUUCCAUCAUUACCUCAAAACCAGCUCUCACUUGGUCUUCUUGUUCAAUGGAGUCAUUCAGCAACAGAUGCGUAUCCAGGAGUCCUGUUGGUGUGCCUGCUUCGAUUUCACAAACAGCAUCUUCUUUGUCAUUUUAGUGUUGGGAAAAUGAUAGACAUGAUCAAUGUAAUUUAGUCAUUGGCUCUUGAUCACAUUUCUGUGUCUGUCAUUUUUUGCCACAUGCAGGAUAUUGGUGAAGGUAUAUCUGUCUCUCCUUAGCAUCUAAAGGGGUUGGGAGUCUUUUCCAUCCACCUUCCAUUUGCCUCAACAGCUCUAUCCAUUUGUGUCAAUCUUGUUAGAGUGGUUGUGAUGUAGUAUUGAAACCCAGGAGCCAUUAUUUUUGUUUUUGGAAGAGAAAGAGGUAUUUAAGUCACCAAAUGAGAUAUGUUUGAAGCUUGGGACUAUAGUUAUAUCCUUUAUUCUGCUUUGGCAAUAUUAGCAAUAAAGAAGAGACAGUUCUGGAUGUAGCCAUGAUUUUGACAUGGGUUGUUUUCCAGAAUCUUUUUUUCUACCAUUUUCUGUGUAUCAUUAUGCUGUCAAAAUGGAGAGAUACUUAUACUACUGUCUAUGAAUAAAUACUACAUGACCAGUGUCUCAUUCUUGCAGUCUGAGUUUCAGGCCAGCUUGUAGCUGUCAUAGCACUACAGCUUCUGUGUACAAAAACCUGCCUACCUAAGCAGCAACCAAAACUGAUUGUACUCAGACUAUUAUUUUAAAGUAUUACCUUAUUGAAGCAUUGGAUUUUGAUAGAGAUAUGUGCACUUACUGAUAGUAACAGCUGUGAUUCUUACAAACAAAACUUGUUCUAAAUUAAUGGUUUUCAACCUAAAAAUGGCAGUCGGUCAUGUACUCUAAUCAUUCUGAUGUUGGCUAUUAUCACAAUGCACUGUAGUUUAAAAAUAAGAGUGAGGUGAUUUAUUGUUGCGCAGAGGAAACUUUCAAAAACACCACUGGAACUUCAUUGGUUGGUUAGAUGUGGGUUAUGAAGUCAAAGAAUUGAAAUUUCCCCCCAACUUUUUUCAUCAUCUUUAUGUAAUUAACUGGUCUUGUACUUAGACCUCCCUUGGCUCAGCUUUGGAAGAUAAUUGGGAGCUGGGACAUAGUUCGUAGGAGAUAAAUUAUUUCAUUUUUUAACCAUCUUUAAAAGCCCGUGCUUGUCACGCUCCUAACAAACGCACGUAGAACAAACCAGAAUCAGAAAUCUAGUGCAUUGGCGAAACAGUGACAACUUGACCUCCCACUCAAGAUUGCCAUUAAACCUUGCACUGACGGUGUCCAUAUAAUAUUUAUAAUACUUCCUGUUGAGCUGUUCACCUCUAAUCGUUGCAAAUUUCUUAUUUUCAAACCAGUUUAUUUUAUUUGUACUUUGAAACGUCAAGUUGCCCCAAACUAGCCGCUAAAUUGUUAGUUUCGUAAACUGCAAUAUUGGCCAGGGUUCGUUGAUCAUUUCAAUAGUUUGUUUCUUUUGAGCGUAUUUCAAGCCAUUGACAAUCUCUUUGCUAACUACGUGGGGUAUUAGGUUCCAUCUUUGAAUCAGGUUUGCACCUGAUUUUGAAGAACAUCUCACGUUUAGAUCUUGGCUGAACUAGGCCGGAAUUCAUGAUAAAUCAUUGCUGCGGGAGCAAGGAGAUCAAUGUUUUCCAGUUUAGCCUCGGAAACAUGUGUUUCGGAGACAAAUUCUACAAACCAGUAAAAGGUAGAAAAUAAUUUGAUUUUGCUUCCGAAUUAUAUGUUUGCUUGUUUAAUUAUCAUUUUAGCAAUGUUGAUUAGCCUCCAUUGCCACUCAUUAAAAAUGAGAUCAACAUUAUGGCUUGUAGAAAAAUAUAAGAAUGAAAAAACCAAAUGGAAACAAAAAGUAAAUGAGUUAGAAUGACACUAAAAUUCCCUACGAGCUUCGGAAUAAGGCAGAUCAGCAAUUUCAUCCCCAAGAAUAUAACAAUCGUCGUGGUUGAGUUAUCUCCUUUACGAGAUUUGUCCGGUUUCUUAAAAAUUUAUUUUAACGAAAGAAAAAAGAAUAUUUCCCGGCAUCUUUUAAUCUCAGGACCAUGUUUCUUGACCGAUUGUGUUAGAUCGUCCCGUUAAUUUGAGCAGGCGUCAUAUAAAUUGACCCCUCCUUUGUUAGACGGUAAAAAGCAUUUGUUGUAAUUUUCUACUUUAACGACCAAAUGCUUUAAGAAGUGGUACAGUUACUUGCCAACGGCCUUAAUUAAUGCGUCGACCUGAUUAAAAUCAUUGUUGGCAAAAUGUCGGAAGCUCUGUUCUACUGUGACUGGAACAACCGCACCGCGCUUUGAGCUCGUUGACCCUCCUCAUUGCUUCCCAAACAGUUUGAAGAAAUUCCGGUCAUCUAAAAAAAGAGAAUAAUGUUUGGAAAUAUCUGUAUCAUCUGACGGCGGAGUUUUUCUUGUGUAGUGGUUGAUGAGUAUAUUUUCCCCGAUUGACAGUCACCCCAAAGCGAAGGCACAUAGCACCUUUAAUUAACUUCUAUUCUCCUACAUGUGAAAACAUAAACAUACAAUCGCUGUAAUUGCCAACAUGUUUGCCUAAGGAAUUAAUUUCCUAAAACAUUCACAAUGUUGCACGUUUGCCGAGGGACUUAUCUAUUAACCUGACGUAAUUACGGCGUUCGGCAAGACAAAGCCCAGCCAACUUAAUUCUCUCGUCAUUAAGCUCUAUUUUGUCAUGAUGAAUUGGUUUAGAAAUGUGAAAGAGAACGGUUAAUGAGGGCUUCCGAGGCAAACAAAGCCUAUUCACAGUUUCAUUUACCGGGGAAAGAUUAUAUUUUGCUGUCGCUGAUGAGUGGAUUUGCGAAAGCGGAGUCCUAUCUUUAAAUCUGUUGCCAUUAAUCUUACUUGCCCCAUUUAUAAUUUUCAACCCUUUUUAUGAUUUUCCAUACUAUUUUUGUCCUUAUUUCAACGGUUUGUUCCAAAUUUUUACAUUCAAAAGAGAUUCAUUUGAUAAACACCAAGGUUAUUGAUUAAAGAGAAAAUGGAGUUUAAGCCAAUAGGUUUUGGCAUAAUUACUUCAUCAAGGCUCUAAGAGCUGAAAGCCUGGUUAAUUAUCAGCGAGCUCGCUUGCAAUCAAACAUUAUUGUUAUUUGGCUUUCGAGGGAGAACAUUUGCUUUGGGCCCUAAAAAAAGACUAUCACUUUUUUGUCCUUUUAUCAUCGCAGACGCCAGUGUUGGCCACUGGAAGCAGUUUCCGUCACUGUUUUGAAGCUAAUUAAGCUGUAUUCAUCAGGACGGGAAGCUUUCAUUCUACUGACAACCGAAUUUACCUCCACUGGUGACUUCGAAGAACACUCAAUCCGAAUAACAACCACAGAAAUGAUGAGAAAGCGCACUUUUGAAAACUCCGACGUUUCUCGGCUAUCUCCCUCGCUUUAUCCGCUAGACGAUCUACGAAAAACCGAAUUACUCAUUCUUCAACCAGCUUGCAAACUUCAAGAUCUACAGAUACAAGACACGAUUGAAGAAGUCCUCAGAACGAACUUGCAAGGUGUUUGUUACACAGCAUGGGAUAGCGACGCACGAUGUGAUGCUUUGAGUCAGAUUAUUAAGCAAAAACUUCGAACCAUUCAACACCAAUUUGCCUAUUUUAACGUGGUUGUUUUGAUUGGUCAGGCAAACGAUACCGGGAUAGAAAAAGCUUCACAUAAGGUAUGGAAACCUGAAUAUGACAGUUUUGCAUCUGCGUGGUUCAGAAAUGAAUCACUGUUUGCAGUUGGAACAGUGUUUGCUACUUAUGCCACACGAAACUUUUAA